CAGGGCCUGCGGCGAUGGGUGGAGGCCGUGACAGGCAGGCCCCGGGACGAUGCAGGGCAAGGUUCCCGCGCCGGCCGGGAAGCUGCCGCAGCGGCCUUCCCAGGCCUUCAGGACUACAGCGUCCGGCAUGCCCCGCGGCACGCGUCGCUGCGGGGCGAGUGGAUCUUGGGGGUCUGCGGAAAUAGUUCGGGAUUCGGUUGUGGAUCGCAGGGACUGUCGAGUGUGGUCAGCAGAGUGGGGCGCUUCCCUCGCCCUCGUUGCCAAGAGCAAGUCAAAGAAUAUUCUGGUGAAAAUGAUAAGCCAAGCCGGGACAGGUUACUCCUUUAACACUAAGAGAAGCCGACUGCGGGAGAAACUGACUCUACUGCAUUACGAUCCAGUGGUGAAAACAAAAGUCCUCUUCGUGGAACAGAAAAAAAUACGCUCCCUCUAGACAAUGGAUUGAAAACGAAUUUGAUUUAUAAAUGAGAAGACUGAGGGCGGGAUACUGAUUCAGAAAUUCUGCAUCAUGUAAUAAAAGAAGAGGAAAUGACAUGGAAUCACUGCCUCCUGUGAUUUGAAGGCCAUUGUGAAGGAAAACAAUGCAGUGAAAGAAAGUUCUUCAUAUUAGGACAUAUAUCAUUGCAUUACGUUUAUUUAUCUUUCUGGAUAUUUUUAUAGCCCUUAAUAAAAAAUAUUAAAAUAG